ACCACUCCUGGUCUGACCAAACAGUAUAAAAAUCGCGGACUCGAACAAUUUUAGCUAAACGAGAGUGGGAGAGAGCUUCAAAUUCCUCAGAGUUCCAAAACCUUAAACCCAAAUCUCUGAAAACCCUAAUUACUAUCUGCAAGCCCCUUUCUCUGUGGAAUGGGAAAGGGCCAACCAGAGCAACAGCAACCACGGAUUUCAGUGAAAGACACAGUGUACAAGCUACAACUCGCUCUCCUCGAAGGCGUCAAGACCCAAGACCACCUUUACUUGGCUGGCUCUAUUAUCUCUCGCUCCGACUACAAUGACGUCGUCACAGAGCGCACCAUAGCCAACCUCUGUGGCUACCCUCUCUGCUCCAAUGCCUUGCCUUCCGAAUCUUCUCGUCCCCGCAAGGGUCACUAUCGCAUUUCGCUCAAGGAGCACAAGGUCUACGACCUCCACGAGACCUAUAUGUAUUGCUCCUCACGCUGUGUUAUCGAAAGCAAGGCUUUUGCUCAGAGUUUGGGCGAGGAGAGGUGCGAUAUCUUGGAUUUUGGAAAGGUUGAAAAGAUCUUGAGGGCUUUUGGGGAUGUAGGUUUUGAUAAAGGUGAAGUGGGUUUCGGGGAGAUUGGGGAUUUGGGGAUUUCUAAGUUGAAGAUUGAAGAGAAGGUUGAAACGGGUAUUGGGGACUUGGGGAUUUCUAGGUUGAAGAUUGAAGAAAAGAGUGAAACAGAUAUAGGGGAUUUGGGCGCCAUUGGUCCAUCUAAUGCUAUUGAAGGCUAUGAUUUGGGCGCCGUUGGUCCAUCUAAUGCUAUUGAAGGCUAUGUUCCACAGAAAGAGAGGAUAUCCAAGCCAUUGGGUUCCAAAAAGAACAAAGAAGGGUCCAAAGGUAAAGAUGCGAAGAUGAGCAGUGGGAUGGAUAUAAUUUUUAAUGAGAUGGAUUUCAUGAGUACUAUAAUCACUAGUGAUGAAUAUAGUGUGUCAAAAAUCCCGCCAAGUGUAGGGGAGCCUGAUUUUGAAACCAAGUUUAAAAAAUCAAAAGGAAAAGUUGGUCUUAACAAGAAUGAUUCUGUAAAGAAAUCCAGACAAUCAAAAGGAGGGAAAAAUAAGAAUGUCAAGAAAGAUGAUGUUUGCAUUCGAGAGGUGCCUUCGACCUCAGAUGCUUCACAAACUGUUUUGAAUGGAAGCACUAAAGAAGAAAAAGAGGAGUUCAUUGUUGAAAAGGCUGAGCAAUCAGGUGAGGCCUUGCUAAGAUCCUCUCUUAAACCUUCAGGGACAAAGAAACUUAAUCGUUCUGUUACUUGGGCUGACGAGAUGAUUGAUAGCACUGGGAGCAGAAACCUUUAUGAGGUGAGAGAGAUGGAACAGAUAAUGGAAUACUCUGAUGCAUUUAGCAGUAUGCACAAGCCUUCAGUGGAAAAUAAAGUUGGUUGCUCUAAUACCUGGUUUGAUGAGAAGAUUGAUAGCACGAAGAGUAAAAAUAUUUGCGAGGUUAGAGAAGUGCAAGAUGCUGAUGUUUUAGGGAGUUUGGACUUGCAAGAAAAUGAGAUUUUGGAAUCAGCAGAAGCCUGUGCCAUGGCAUUGAACCAGGCAGCAGAAGCUGUUGCAUCUGGAGAAUCUGAUGUCAGUGUUGCUGUUUCGGGAGCUGGAAUUAUUAUAUUGCCACGUCCAGAUGGUUUGGAUGAAGAAGAGCCUACUGAGGAUGUUGAUAUGCUUGAACCAGCACAAGCUCCUCUGUGGCCAAGAAAGCCUGGAAUUCCAUGUUCGGAUUUGUUUGACCCUGAGGAUUCAUGGUUUGAUGCUCCACCAGAGGGUUUCAGCGUAACCUUAUCACCUUUUGCAACAAUGUGGAAUUCACUCUUUACAUGGAUAACAUCUUCUACAUUAGCGUAUAUAUACGGGAGGGAUGAAAGUUUUCAUGAAGAAUUUCUCUCAGUUAAUGGGAGAGAAUAUCCUCCUAAGAUUGUCUUGGCUGGUGGUCGCUCUUCUGAAAUCAAGAAAACUCUGGACGAAUCUUUUGCUCGGGCUCUACCAGGAGUUGUUUCCGAACUCAGGCUUCCAACACCAAUAUCUAGUUUAGAGCAAGGAAUGGGCCGCAUGUUGAAUACGAUAUCCUUUACUGAUGCGAUACCAGCAUUCAGAAUGAAACAGUGGCAAGUGAUUGUUCUUCUUUUCCUCGAGGGUCUCUCUGUUUGUAGGAUCCCUGCACUCACUCCUCACAUGACAAAUAGAAGGAUGCUGUUUUACAAGGUGCUGGAGAACACCCAGAUAAGUGCAGAACAGUACGAGCUUAUGAAGGAUCUCAUAAUACCCCUUGGCCGAGCACCCCAAUUCUCAGCUCAGAGUGGUGCCUAAUGCCAAGGAACAUUGACUUCAAACGGUGUCAGCCUGCAUGCCAUAUACUAGGCCUAAAGCUGUCGUUGACGCGUGCAGCCGGAAGAAAGACUUGAAUGCUGAAGCUUUGUACAUGUCUCUUGCAGCCAGAAGAAAGACUUGGAAGUCUGAAGCUUUGUACAUUUUUUCUGAAUAUUUAAAGGAACAAAAAAUGUAUAAAACUGAGAGAUUUUCACAUACUGAAUUAUUUAAAUGUGUCAUUAUUGUGGGUCAAAUUGUUGAAGGAUUAGGAUAAGGAGUUAAUAUGACAGCACGACUUUGUGCUAGCCACAAUCUUAUUAGUCUUGAUUUGUUCAUUAAGUUUGACUAUUAGGCAUCCAAUUAGUGUCUUUGUUCA